UGAUAUUCAACAAUGUCAUAAGAAAGCAGAAGAGAGAUUUCAAGCUGAAAUUGAUCGCAUAAGGAAAGAAGGAAGCGAAUUAAGAAAAGCAGAAGAAGAAAGAAUAAAAAAGAAGAUACAUUUACAGAGUUCUAUUAGCACUGAUUCAGUGUACAUCGUAAAAGAUCAAAUACACAAUGCAAUGGGUGCCUUGGAUUUGGAAAGUUUUGUAUUGCAAAGGCUUCGAAAUGCUCAGUUCAAAAAGGAUGGCGAAUAGCAUAUUUUAUAUCUAUUUAAUGUAUUUUUUAGGGGCUUAUCUAAUAUUAAAAAAUUUCACAAGCCCAUAUUCAAAAAUUUUUUUUUUUUAUUUAACGAAAAUACAAUAUAAAAAAAAGUAUUUAGGCAAUCAUUUUGUUUACAAUACUGAAAUUUAUUAUUAUUAGAAGAAAAAAUGGAAAAAAAAUUCAAAAACCCAAGCUCGCUAGAAAAUAUGAUAUUAAGCUCAUACCCGUCCCAUGGGUCUCUGGACCAAACCCAAAGGGCUUCUUGUGCAGAGCCAUCAGUUACUCGAUUCUUUGACUGGGAAGAAAUAAUUGCCACAACAUCAUUAGCAUUAAAUGCUUGGAUUAGUUGAUUAUGAUAAUGAAAGCGAUGAAGAAGACGACUGUGAUGAUAAAUUACUCCACGUCAAUAUAAAAGAUAUAGUAAUUAAAGAACGGAAUGUAUCUAACAAAAGAAUUAAAAUAAUAGCUCCAAAAUUAGAUAAUUCGAUAGAUGAUGAUAUAGAAACCAUCAACACCAAAGACAUCACAUUAAAAUACAAAUCAGAAACAUCAAUAUGCAAAUUGCUUUCCAUCCUUCCUGAGCCUUCCCAUAAAUUUAGCAAAAAUUUAUACCAAAGCAAUAAACCACAAUUUUCUAAAAAUGCUCAUAAAGAUACAAAUGUAUUACAGAAAAAAUUAAACAAAGUCAAAGAUGAUGUAAAAUUUGAAGAGGAUAAUUUAAACACUAAAUUCAUACCAAAUAUACUUUAUAAUAAUGAAAAAAUUUCUUCUAAUGAGGGUAAGAGCUCUCCUAUAAGCUUUUUCUUUGAUGAUGAACAGGAUAAUAUUAAUAUUAAUAAAGAUAUUAGUAAAGACACAGAACCACAUAAUAUUAUACAUAUUUAUGAUGAUAAAGAUCUUAUACAUAUAGAACCUGUUAUUGAUACUAUACAAUCAACUAUUUCUGAAAAUAAUCAAACAAUUGAAUUUGAUCCAGAAAUUGAAAUGAGCAAGUUUAUCCCCAAAAAUGAAAGAAACAAAAUGGUGAAUGUAAUUCAUAAGUGUGGACCGAAUAAAAGCUUAUCCCAUUCCAAUAUGGAAACUAACUUAAAUUUGAUUGAAGCAAACGCAGAUCAAAUUUUAGGCUAUGACAGAGUCGAAAUAAACUUAAAUAAAAACAUAACAAUUGAUGACCAGAAGUGGGAUAGUAAAAAGGCUAAAUCUGAAAUCGAUUCACUGCAAAGGAAAAAACAUCAAAUAACCUAUCUGGCUCUUCAGGCCAAAGAAAAGGAAUUUGAAUUACAAAAUCAAUGGGCUGCAGGUAGAAUUGCCAGGAAAGAAUCAAGAUCCAGAUAUGGAUUUUAAAUAUUUAUAUAUAUUUUAUUUGUAAUAUUAAACAUUAAUAAUAUUCAAUGGUAUAUUUAUAUAUAAUAAAUUCUUAUGGCAACUCGAAGAUAAUAAAAAUGCAUUAAU